AUGAGUAGUGGACAUAGCAGCGGCCACUUCCGCCACUUCAUCGAGGGCGUUCGAGUCAUCGUCUUCACUGACCACAAGCCAUUGCUCUUAGAGAUCAACGUGAUCCAGUUCCCCGACGCCCUCAAUUUCGAUGCGAUGACAGAGGCUCAGGCGCGUGAGGGUCUGGCUUACCGAUUCAGCAAUCCCGAUGUCAUCUCGUGCCCGUCCCCAAUCCGACCGAACCCUCCUCUGUGUCCAGACCGAUGGUGUCGCCCGACCAUUGGGCCCGACUCCCUUCAACGCAAGGGCUUCGAUUCCCUGUACGGACUCUCUCACCCAGGAAUAUGCGGCACGACGAAGCUGAUGGCGAAACGUUUCUCCUGGAAGGGUCUGCAGAAAGAUGUCCAACAGUGGGUCAGCAGCUGCCUCCGGUGCCAACGUUCCAAGGUGCACCAGCACACGAAGUCACCUGUUGGUACCUUCGACAUGCCCGAUUCUCGUAUUAGCCAUGUCCGCAUUGACCUGUUCGGACCCCUUCUACCGUGCCGUGGUUGCCACGACCUCCUGACCUGCACUGAUCGCUUCACCCGAUGGUGCGAGGUGAUCCCUCUUCAUGACAGCAGUACAGAGUCCGUCGUGCUGGCCUUCCUCCAACACUGGGUCACUCGCUUUGGUUCACUGGGUCGCAUCACCACCGAUCGUGGAGCCCAGUUCGAGUCGAGCCUCUUCCGCCAGCUCUGCACCUUCCUCGGUUGCAAACGUCGUCGGACUACUGCCUACCACCCUGCUAUCAACGGAAUGGUCGAGCGCCUUCAUCGCCAACUGAAGGCCUCUCUGAUGUCCUCCGACAAUGCCGAGCACUGGGUUGACAACCUGCCACUCGUCCUGCUUGGUAUUCGCUCCACGCCAGACAUCGCCUCGUGUCCGGCGGAGCUUGUAUACGGCGCGACGCUGAGACUGCCUGGUGAGUUUUUCAACGCAACUGAGCCAACGACAGGUGCCGUCAACGACCUGCUUCUCCACUUAGUUUGUGCAAAGCCAGCAGCCCACGCCGCCACGAAAGCAGAAGCGAAACCUGCAGCUACCACCUGCAAGAGGGCUGCCCAGGUGAAGGAGGAGGCCGUGGCCCGCGUUGUUCAAGGCGGGGGAGACCCCGAGUGCUGGCAACUGGUGCUCAGUGAGACUACGCUCCAGUUUGGCCAAAAGAGUAACAACGGCAACAUGUCGCAGCCGCCCCUGGGAACUAAUAAAGAUGCCCUGGCGAUCUGCGCGCACCUCUUCCCAGAGAUGACCGCUGUCAUGCAGCACCGGCUGAUGGUCAUGGGAGCACCGUUGGCUUCCACUUUGUCUGCCACCAGCACUGCUGUCACAUCGCCCGCUCCUGCAGGGCGUUCUGCCUCCGUGGUCUGA